AUGAGUCUUCAGGAUACGCAGACACCCCAAAGACCGGCGAACACUAGGCAUGGAAGACGCAGAGGGCAAGCGAGAGGAGCAGCGCAGAGACAGAAGGGGGAUGGCACUUCACGAAAACGCAAUCGAGGCGCCGACCAAUUCUGCGUGCACCACGUGGCAGACGAAAUACAAACACCGGUGUAUGCAGUGGAGUUCAAAGCGCCGCACAAGGUGACAAUCCCCGAAUUUGUGGCGGGUUUACACCAGAUGCAUCUGGCCCAGGAUGUCAUUGACAAGAAUGGCGAAACAUUUGAAUUGUAUGCUACCCGCCUCGUCGCCGCCGUGGUCACUCAGAUUUUCUCAUACAUGAUUGACAGUGGAGUUCGAUACUGCUAUAUCUGA